AGGAAGAGGAGGAGGUGGUGGAGGAGGACGUCGUCUGGUCCCGGCUGGGAGGUGGAGCAGCGGCAGCAGCAGCGGCCGAGGCAGCCGCCGCCGCCUCCGGAAAGGGAGAGGCAGGAGAGAUCGGGACUUGCAAAACCCAAAGUGUCGGCGACCCUGCACCGCAGGCUCCCUUCCAGCUUCAUGGGCAAAGUGUGGAAACAGCAGAUGUACCCUCAGUACGCCACCUACUACUACCCCCAGUAUCUGCAAGCGAAGACUGGUGAAGAAUUCAAGAAGGGAAGCUAGAGAAUCUAAGAAAACAUUCUACUAAGACUUGGUGGAAGAAGGAGCUGGCUGCCUGUAAUACCAGGAGAACAACUCAAAAGGCUCUUAGGGGACCUAGAGUCAACAACCUAUGAGGAAAUGGACAUUACAGCUUCAGUGCCAAGAGCUCUAGGGACACCACUGAGAGGCCAUUUUAGAGUGAACAGCUUAUGCAGUCUCUGGUCCCAGCGCACCCCAUGGCCCCUCCCAGUCCCAGCACCACCAGCAGUAAUAACAACAGUAGCAGCAGUAGCAACUCAGGAUGGGAUCAGCUGAGCAAAACAAACCUCUAUAUCCGAGGCCUGCCCCCCAACACCACUGACCAGGACUUAGUGAAGCUCUGUCAACCAUAUGGGAAAAUAGUCUCCACGAAGGCCAUUUUGGAUAAGACAACGAACAAGUGCAAAGGUUAUGGUUUUGUUGACUUCGACAGUCCUGCAGCAGCGCAGAAAGCUGUGUCAGCCCUGAAGGCUAGCGGAGUUCAGGCUCAGAUGGCAAAGCAACAGGAACAAGAUCCUACUAACCUGUACAUUUCUAAUCUGCCACUGUCCAUGGAUGAGCAAGAACUUGAAAAUAUGCUCAAACCCUUUGGACAAGUUAUUUCUACAAGAAUACUUCGUGAUUCCAGUGGUACAAGCCGUGGUGUUGGCUUUGCCAGGAUGGAAUCAACAGAAAAAUGCGAAGCUGUAAUUGCUCAUUUUAAUGGAAAAUUCAUUAAGACCCCACCAGGAGUUUCUGCUCCUACAGAACCUUUAUUGUGCAAGUUUGCAGAUGGAGGACAGAAGAAGAGACAGAACCCAAACAAAUACAUCCCUAAUGGACGACCAUGGCACAGAGAAGGAGAGGUGAGACUUGCUGGAAUGACACUCACUUAUGACCCAACUACAGCUGCUCUACACAACGGAUUUUAUCCUUCACCAUACAGUAUUGCUACAAACCGAAUGAUCACUCAAACUUCUCUUACACCCUAUAUUGCAUCUCCUGUAUCUGCCUACCAGGUGGCAAAGGAAACCAGAGAAAACAAGUAUCGGGGCUCUGCUAUCAAGGUGCAAAGUCCUUCUUGGAUGCAACCUCAACCAUACAUCCUACAGCAUCCUGGUGCUGUAUUAACUCCCUCGAUGGAGCACACCAUGUCACUACAGCCUGCAUCUAUGAUCAGCCCUCUGGCCCAGCAAAUGAGUCAUCUGUCAUUAGGCAGCACCGGAACAUACAUGCCUGCUACGUCAGCCGUGCAAGGAGCCUAUUUGCCGCAGUACACACACAUGCAAACAACGGCGGUUCCUGUUGAGGAAGCAAGUGGUCAGCAGCAGGUGGCUGUGGAGACGUCUAAUGACCAUUCUCCAUAUACCUUUCAACCCAAUAAGUAACUGUGAGGUGUACAGAAGGGAGUUCUUACAUGAAGAAGGGUGUGAAGGCUGAACAAUCAUGGAUUUUUCUGAUCAAUUGUGCUUUAGGAAAUUAUUGACAGUUUUGCACAGGUUCUUGAAAACGUUAUUUAUAAUGAAAUCAACUAAAACUAUUUUUGCUAUAAGUUCUAUAAGGUGCAUAAAACCCUUAAAUUCAUCUAGUAGCUGUUCCCCUGAACAGGUUUAUUUUAGUAAAAAACUAAAAAAACAAAAAACAAAAAAAAAAACCAAAAAUGAAAGAUUUUUAUCAAAUGUCAUGAUGCAAAAUAAAAAAAAAAAAAAGGAAAAAAAGAAAAAUGAAAAAAAAGAGAAAAAGAAAACUUCAAUUUUCUGGGUAUGCACAAAGACCAUGAAGACUUAUCCAAGUGCAUGACCGGAUUUUUGCAGUUUUGUUCAUUUUGUGUUUAAUUUGUCUUUUUUUCAGCUGUAUGAAAUGGGCUUUCUGAAGUUUAAAUUGUCCAACUUCAUCCAUGGUGUUCUGUGCUUGCCGUGCGAGUGUCACUGUAAUUCAGUGUUGCUGUCAUUGUCUUUCCUUAGCUUUCUGUUUUUCUUUCAACGUAGUGUGAAGUGUCUUAUCCUUUUCUAUGAAUUCCAAUUUGCCUUAACUCUUUUGAUGCUGUAGCUGUUUCAGUAAAAGUUAGUUCAAACUAAUGAUGUAGAAUGCUUUGACCAAAUGAGCUGGUCGAUUAUGCCUUGUAAAACAGCAGCAUAGGGCUUUUAAAAGGUAGUCAAUAAAAGUUGCUGAAAUUUUGGCUUUUUAAAA